AGUUAUGACAGUUUUAUUAACAGCCCUAAAAUGUAUGUCAUACACUAGCGCCACUGUAUCUCAAAAGCGACUUUUUCCUACGUGAUAAAUACUGUCGGAGAGAUUUUCCGUCAAAUUAAGUGCCAGAGAGUUCGGAUUGAUCUUAAAUUCAAACUAAGUCAUAUGGGAACAACUUAAAAGUGCCAGAUUUUUAAUUAAGUCGUCAUUCUUUUACAUUGUUGAAUGCUAUGCACCGCUUUUUCGAACUUUUCACAUGAAAUCCUUGAGAAAAUAAAACGUAGAAAAAUCUCAAAAAUUCAAUUUUUUAAGGCGUUACUCUGACUUCAUUUUAUAUUUUAAAAUCAGCCCAAGCUCUCCAACUGUUGUCUGAGAGGAAAAAUCUGCCGAAUGAUAGAUGCCCCAUUUCGACCAAUCUUCGAGCAAUAUCUCCUAAACGAUCAUAGCUGGAGCCACCGAACUUGUGUAGUAACGGAGAUAAUUUUCUGACCCGAGCUUAAAGUUCUUACCGUAGUUAUUUUUGAAAACUAGUUGAUGAAAUAGAGAAUUACAUUCUGUGUGAAAUGGACGACUUUUUCAAGUGACAAAGUCAAAAAAUGCAGUGUAUAGAGCAAAUAAGAUUUGGCAUUUUUUCAGUAGCUGAAUUUUUUUGGGGGGUGCUCCUUUUUUAGCACGGGAACGUUUUCAGCUGUGAGAUCGCUUUUCUUGUUAAAACGCAGUUAUUUAUGAGUGAUUGAUGAUGCUGAAUUGGAAUCCGAUAUCUGUUCUGGCUCAUAAGUUUUCUGAAGCCUCUCUUAAGAAUUCGACUGAUAGCAUAGGUCGAAUCACGAGAUCUUGAUCUAUUCAGUUUAUAGAGUACAGCAAAUUACCUAUGUUCCCAAAUGUUCAAAAUGCUAAUUGGCACCUGGAAACAUUCUCUUGUAAGAGAUUCUAAGGAAGCUUCCGUGACGCACUGUUUGAUUAUAUCAGAUGUAGGACGUAUCUUACAUUACCGGAUGUUAUCUUUAAGAUAAGAACUUUUCAAAAAAGAGAUCAGCUAGAUCAGUUUUUGUCUUUUUUUCAUUAUUCUAAAGGAAACAUGACGAAACAUUUUCUUUUGUGUAACUCCACUUCUGAAUUCCUGUGAAAUAGGAAGAAUAACGAGUGAAAGUUUAUACCGAGGGAAAAGUGAGCUGGAGAGUUAAAAAUCUUGCCUUCCCUUACCUGACGUUUACCGACGUAUGCGAACUCGUGAACAAUUAUUAUUCAGUAAUUAUUUAGCGAAAAGCUAUACACUGGGAACAUAGACAUAAUCCAGGCCUCACAUUAGUCCAUCACUCCUGAGUGGAGGAAUUAUGCUUUAGAUCGAAGGUCUCCGGUGAUAAGCUUUUCUUUCAUCAGCCAGAACAACUAGCUACAAAUUCUGUUACAAAAAGUGUUUUAUCUUCUGUGUUUCUAUCUAUAGGGGUAAAUUCAGUCUCUCAACGUGAAAUUCAACGAGUUUUUCAACUUAUUGAUUUUUUUUGGGCAUUGCGGUAUGAUGAUGAAAUUAAAGAUGAACACAAUGACAGCAACGACUCAGUCAAUCUAUAUGAGAGAAAUCCAGUUAUUUGUAUUGCACUAUCAAUUGCACUCAUUUAUUAUUUCCGUUUGGCAACCACUAAUGACCGCAAACAAUAUGAUGAUGUGGAAUCGCCAACACGUGAAGAAUUUUCAAGAAUUCUAUCACGUACAAUACCGGAUUUCGAUCGUGUUGUUCAAAUCGAACUCGAGAAAUUUGUUACUCACGACAAUUUUUUGAUUCCAAGCGGCGUCGCACUUAAUCAAGCGGUAAGACAAAGAAUUUUAAACAACCAAGCUAGAGUAGAUCUAAUCUUCUGUCAUUAGACUAACAGAUCGGUUUUUGUCUAACUAUAACUGUUCUGUACAAAACAAUAAGAAAUGCGUCGUGCUCAGAUGGAUAAUUAAGAAAAAAUCUGAUCAUUGGACACAUAUACAUUUCAUGUCUGGACGAAUGAGUAUCCAUUUAAAAAAAUUAUCAGCUUUUACCACAGACGGGAUCGGUUCUGCUUUCUUGAAAUUAAACUAAACCAUUCUUAUCACUAAUUCACACUGUUUUCUGCAAAAAAAGUAUAAAAAAGGAAAUGACACUUUAGUCUUUAACACCGAACGUUCAACUCAAAAUAGACCUUCUUCAAAGAAUGGGAGUCCGCUGGGCGGGGGGGGGGGGGGGGGGGGGGGGGGGGGGGGGGGGGGGGGGGGGGGGGGGGGGGGGGGGGGGGGGGGGGGGGGGG